AUGAAGGUGUUUCCAGGAUCUCCCAUGUUGGUGGUGCUUUUGGUUGUAUAUGAAAUUGCCUCUAUGGUUGAAGGACAAACUCUGGUCCAAAAUGGAAAGAUUAACUUCACUGCGUCAUAUCCUGACUUGCAUUAUUGCACGAACGUGCAGUUCCCUCGUGCAUUCUCCAGCUCGAGAAAUGUACGGGUGAUAACUUCCAUUAGCUAUGAGUCCAACACUCGCAGUGUACACAAUUCGGCUGUUGUGUGGACGUCAGACGUGACACAGAGCAGUUUUCGCGUAUGUGUAUUGGAGUCGGGACCCAGAACAAAUGGAUCCGCCGUCGUGAACUGGAUUGCAUUUCGAAGCGCUCCCUCUGGAAUGUUGGACGGCACCGCUUCCUUAAGUGCAUUUACCAGUGGAACAAAAUGUGAAAGGGUUACCUUUGCUCAGCGAUUUGCGUCAAUCCCAAAGGUACUGACUACAGUGCGUCACACUGUCAGCAACAAGCCACAGGACGCUAUGAAUGUCUGGAUUGAAGAACUCAAGGCGGAUUAUUUCAGAGUGUGCCUCAGGGAAGUGAAAACAUUUGAUGGAAAGCAUCAGAAUUUAAAAGUGGACUGGCUGGCAUUUACACGUCGAGGUGUUCAAUUUAAAUUUCAAGGAAAAUUGUUCUUUGAAAAUGGCGGAGCUCCUCGCGAAAAAGACAAUUACGCCUUUUGCAAGAUACACAAUUUUACCAAAGAGUUUUAUGCACCCCCUGUAGUCAUAGUAUCAGUAAAUCAUCUUUACGACAGCAAGAAUGUAUAUUCUAUAAAACCGGAGAACAAUGUUCUUAAUACUUGGAUUGAGGAAAUAACGAUCUCAUCAUUCCGGGUGUGUUUAAAAGACUUAGCAGGAAUGGAAAGUCAACAUGAUCCUGUUACUUUGGAUUACGCCGUUAUUGGAGAUCUUGAUCCUUGCAUCAAUGUUUCCUGUAAUUAUUUUGCCAUCUGCAAGGCAUUUGGACCAAAAGACGCCAGGUGCAUAUGCGUGGAUGAUUGUCCAUCGUACGACGAGCCUGUGUGUUCAUCCAAUGGAACAACAUACGACAACGAGUGCAUCUUUCAGAGAGAAAUGUGCGACUUGCAGGCCAAUUUUACUCUGUAUCACCCGGGUGAUUGUACAGGAUUCCCUUCACAGAAAGGUCGUCAUCGUCUUAAUCACCACCCAAACUGGGCUGAAGCAGUUUGUGAACAGGUCCCACUGGUUCCUUAUGUCUUCUAUCCUGACAAACCUGUUCACAUACAAGUAUCUGUUAAUCACGUCAACUUCUCAGAUCCCUCCUAUGUCCACGAGGCUGUUGUGGCCUGGGUCGAGGAUAUAAGAGAAAACAAUUUUACGGUUUGUGUCACUCAGGCUGGGAGGAAUGAGAAGAAAAAUGGAAAAACAUUCGCUUCAGUCGAUUGGUUAGCAUACCAGGGGGCCCCUGACGGAGGAGUGUCAGGUGAAAUGGACAUGCCGACAUGGUGGACUGGAACGAGCUGCCGUACAGUUUCGCUGCUUCCGAAAAAGUUCGAAUCAGUUCCUACUGUCCUUGUAUCGGCUCAGCAUGAAAGGCGGGGAGUGAAGCAUGAUGCGUCUUCUGUCUGGGUGGAAGAUUUGACGACAACUUCUUUCAAGAUCUGUAUCAGGGAACUGCAGAAUUUUGAUGGAACUCACCAAAGUAUCCAUGUGGAUUGGAUGGCAUUUGAAGAGCUUCAUCGACCCUUAUUUAGAGAACAUGGCUCAUUAUACUUUGCCAACGGGAAAAAACCAUCCAAAGAAUUUAACUAUGCUUUUUGCGAGGAUGUUGUUUUUAAGAAGCCCUACAACGACUCCCCAGCCAUUCUGGUAUCUGCCAACCAUUCAACAAAUGGAGGAAACCUUAAUCCAAUGUAUAACUCCAUAUCAGUCUGGGCUGAGUACAUCAACAAGACCGGCUUCAGAGCAUGCGUGAAGGAGAUAUUCGUGAACCAUCAUGAUCCUCUCUCAGUUUCAUAUGCAGUUAUGCCGGAUGUGUGUGAGCUAGGCUGGAAUUUCUACAAUGGGUCUUGUUACUACACCAGUGACACUUGUAAGACCUGGUCUGACGCUAGUACAAUCUGCAGAAGCAUGGGUGCUAACUUACCCGCUAUUGAAAGUCAAGAGGAGAAUGUCUACAUUCAACACAGACACAACAGUGAAAAGGCCUGGAUCGGUUUAAAUGACAUUGCUACAGAAGGAUUAUUCACCUGGGUGGAUGGAUGUCCAGAUAAAUUCCGUUAUUGGGCAGAGAGUCAACCUAACGACUUUCAGGGGGAGGACUGCGUACACUCUCUUGGUCCUAGACAUGGAUAUAUGUGGAAUGACAUAGACUGCUCGGCUUGUCAGCAAUAUACAUGUAAAAAAGAUUAUGAUGAAUGCAGUAGUUCUCCAUGUUUGAAUGGUGGAACUUGUGUGAACAAGAAAAGAAAUUUUACCUGCAUCUGCCCCCAAGCAUACAAAGGAAGAACAUGUGAUGAGUUCGACGAAUGUUCCAGUAGUCCUUGUCUAAAUAGUGGAACUUGUACUGAUGGGAUUAACAACUAUACUUGUUCCUGCCCUUCUCCUUAUUUUGGACGGCAGUGUCAAGAAACAGAUGAAUGUAAGUCUAGUCCUUGUUUUAACGGUGGAACCUGCGUGGAUGGAGUCUACAACUUUACUUGUGUUUGUCCUCGCUCGUAUGCCGGAUGGCGUUGUGAAGCUGUUGCCGGAACAUCGUGCAAAACCCUACUGGCAGAUGGAUUUACCUCAACUGGAUCAUACACUUUGAGAAUCAGUGGCUACUCUUUUCAGGUCUAUUGCGACAUGACAGGAAGCUCAGGUGGAUGGACACUCAUUGCUCGGUUUUCAAACUCGGAUGCGAAGAACUGGAUGAGAGAUGACGCGUACUGGUGGUACGACAUCCCGUCCUCACAGGGGUCCUACACGAGCACGUCCCCUAACUCUGACAUGAUAUCAGAAGCAUUCUGGAAAGUGAAAGGAACUGAGAUUAGAAUCACUCGCAGUGACGAUAGUUCACACUCUGCUCUUCUUCGUACAUACAAUAACUGCUUUGGUGGGAAAACAUUUAGAGGAUACAUGUCCUCUUAUGGAAAGUUUAGUUACCGUAAUGUUUGGUCCAAUGAUCGGUGUCUCGGUAGCUGCCCAGUUUAUUAUGGUGGAUGGUACCGGUCCACUGUUGGCUUUAGUCAGGCACAUUGCAGUAGCAAUAUUCAAGGAAGCCAUCACAUUGGAUUCUGGUGUCAGUGGGAUCGUGGUGAUGGUUCAGUUCUUAUGAUUGGAGGAGGAGGAAGUGGGUGCAGUCGAGCGGAUCAUGGUAUCGGGAUCACUGAGAAUACCUACGGAACAUUUGAUGACUGGCAUGAUCGAGGGGAGUUUGAUUUUGGAGAUGAAGCUGGCAACUCGCCUACUACAUCUUAUGCCUUAAAUUUAUGGAUUCGUUAG